AGUGAAAUAGAAUAUGAGGUUUUCCAAAAAUAGAAAACUUAAUUCUCAGAAUUCUAAUUUACUAAAUAUAAACCAAAAAAUUAUAAGAAACAACAAAAAAUGUCAAAAGCAAAGUCAUGAAUUUAAUAAAUAUCCCGAUUUGGAAUAGGUUCAUCCUCAUUAAACUAAUAAAUAAAGAGAAAAUUAAAUAAUUAAUAUUAUAUGAAGGAAUUUAGAUUCAGAUAUUUAUAUAAGAAUAGAAAGAAUCAACAAUAAGAAAAUAUUAGAUUUGAGAAAGUUCUGUCCCUAAAACAUGUGAUUAGAGCUGCAAAAGAAGAGGAAGAGCUCAUUUUCAUUUAAUUAAAUGUUAAAGAAGAUAAAAUUGCUUAGAAAAAAAAGAGAGUUUAAAGGCAGACAUUCAAAAACCAUCUUUAAUAAUUUAAUUAUAAUAUUUUUUUUAAUUCUUGUUUUCUAUGUUAAUUCCAUUCCUUCACUUAUUUUUUGAAGGAUUAAUAAUAAUAAAAGGAAUAUUAACAUAAAAAAUUAAAUGAUGAAUCCUUUCUUUAUUUAUUUUAUUAGAAUAAAUUUGGUUAUUUGAACAUUAAAAAGGAUAACGAAAUUAUUAUUAAAACUUAAUUGAGAAACAUAAUUAUUAAUAAAUGA